UUGUAACUACCCAUGUAGACCGGUACUUAAUCAAUGUACAUGUAAACGGUAAACCUCUGAGACGGUAAAAUAAAUACAAUCUAGCACAAGGUUAUUGAUAUACUCGUGUUGAUUAGGCCUCUAAAACAAUUAGAGGUAAAACAUAGCAUCAUGGAUCAUGAAAAAUGUAUAACAUAGUAACACAAAACAUCAAAGUUGGUGACCACCACCUAAAAACUAAAAGGAGUAGGUAAAUGGCGUCAGCUUUGCCUUGUGCUUAUCUCAACUACCAACUGUUUGAAUAUUGAUGAUUGUCUUCUGGAUAAUGCCACACAAAUAAAAUAAAACAAUUCAUUUGAAAAUGACGUGGCAAAUAGAACUACGAAGGUUCUAGGGCCUCGCUGUAAUAAUACCCAAAGCCAUGUUAGUCCGCCAGGCCCAUAUAAAUAAAGUCGUAGAGCAAUAAAUAAUACACGGAGGAGAGAUGAUGUCGACGACGGCGAGUCACGGAAGAGUGAUGAUCCUUCCGUCACCAUCCAGAGCGUUGCAGAAUCAGCAACCAUUGAUUGGAUCGGAUAUGUUCCGCUUAAAACAAACGGAACCGAGGGGGUCGAGGCUGGUGGUUGCGGCGACGGCGAAGUACAAGGGGACGAAGAUGAGGGAGGAGAAGCUAUCGGAGAUGAUAGUUGAGAAAGUGAAGGAAGCGACGGAGGUUUGCGAGGCGGACGUGAGAUCGGAGGAGUGUAAAGUCGCGUGGGACGAAGUGGAAGAGGUGAGCCAAGCCAGAGCAGAUCUGAGGAUCAAGCUCAGGCUCCUGAACCAGGAUCCGCUCGAGAGUUUCUGCCAAGAGAAUCCUGAGACCGACGAGUGUCGUAUCUACGAAGAUUGAGUAAUGAGUGUGUGUCUGUGUAUGUUCUGUCUUUUCGUAGAAUUUUAGAUAUAUUAUCUCGAUGUGAUUAUUUGGGACUAUAUGCUAACAAUAAGAGAGUGUCGCAUUUGUUA